CUUUUCUGUUACACACAAGUACUUAGUACUUACUCACUUGGUACUCAUUGCAACUAGUUGCAUAUUUCACUUUCACUCAUCACCGCGAGUUUACUACAAUGCCGCCCAUGCCCGCAGCAAACAGAGCACAGGAACCUUCCACAUGGCAAAAACUGAAAAUGGGCGCGAUGAUGGGCGGAGGCGUCGGUCUGACGAUCGGUUUCAUUUUUGGAUCAUACAGCAUCCUUCGAAAUGGUUCCGGUCCUCGAGGGUUACUAGCUACGCUUUCGCAGUACAUGCUCAGCAGCGCCGCGACUUUUUCUUUCUUCCUUGCUAUUGGUUCCGUCAUCCGUAAUGACACGCUCCUACCACCACACAUCGAAGCCGCCCGUCUGCAACUCCUUCCUCCACUCGUGCGCUCUAAGGCUGAAGGCGCCAUGCUAGUGCGUGCACGCUGGGACGCAGAAAGGGCGCGAAGCACAACUGCGUAGUGCAUGUAUUAAGACCUAUAUGCGUUGAUACAUGGUUCAGAUGAGAAUAUGAAUGAUCUAGCUAAGAACAUUGUGUGUCGGGUGGGGAGUGAGUGUGGGGGUAUAACAAAACAUAACAUGCUGCGAAGACAUGCAAGCGCGCUCUGCGGCUCUUGUCCAGUAUACGUAUGGGUGCACAUAGCUAACAUCUUAAA